UGUUCUUUUUCUUUUCCUUGCUUCUGAGCCACUGAAGGUUUGUUUUAUUGUCUUCUAUUCUCAAAACCCCUAUGAUUUCCAUCACUUAUUUGAUUCCAGCAGCAUAAAUAAAAUGCCACUAUUGUGGCGUUUUGAGAGCUGGCAGUACAGCUAGGUAUGGACAUCAGGAAAAGCUCGUGUAAGGCUGCAUUCACCAGGCUGUAUUUGCCAUCCCUGCUCUGGCAGCAGCUGCCAAGGGAGGUUGCCUGGCUGUUCAGGUUGUUAGGCUGGCUGUGAGAGCAGGCAUUGUGUUUCAUGUCCCUUCUUGGAAGAACUUGUUUCAGCCUUUAUGUUCAAAGGUAGUUAGACAUCUUGGAUUUAAUCAGGACACCCAACUUCUUUGGUUACAAGAUGAGUUGGCAGCUCUUCCGUUCUCAUAGGGCUGCUGCCAGGGUUCGUGUUACGGAUGCAUGGUGCUCAGGCACAGCGGCUGGGGCCGGAGGGCUUGCAGCCAGCCCCUCGGGAGCUGCGGCCCAACUCCUGCCGCACCAGGCGGCGGGAGCUGAAAGCGCAGGACAGCUCCUGUGAGGGAGCCCUCGGCGGGUGCGGCUUUGCCUCGCUGGAGAAUGGAAAUUAGGAUCUCAAAGACAUGCCUGGAGUUGGAGCGAUACCUUCAGACUGAACCGCGGAAGAUCUCUGAGACCUUUGGUGAGGAUUUGGACUGUUUCCUUCAUGCCGCCUCAGCCCCAGAUGCAGAGGACAAUAUCCGACGGCUGGACCCCAUCCUUUUACCUGUGGAGACGAGUACGUGUGACAAAAGCACCAACGUGGACAUUAUCCUCUCACGGGACAAGCUGCUGUCUGAGACGUGCCUCAGUUUGCAGUCCACCAGCUCUUCCACAGAAGGCUACACAGCCGUCAACCAGGCCCAACUCAAUGCAGUAACCUCAUUAACACCCCCUUCCUCCCCAGAGCUCAGCCGCCACCUUGUAAAAACCUCACAGACUCUCUCAGCGGUGGAUGGCACGGUGACGUUGAAACUGGUGGCCAAGAAAACUUCCCUCAGCUCCGUGAAAGUGGGUGUAGUGACAGCGACCGCGGGGACGAUAAAAACUGGGCAAAGUGACAGUGAGCACGUUGGUACAGGGGCAGAAGCAUCCCCAGAAAACAAGAAGAGGGUUCACCGCUGUCAGUUUAAUGGGUGCCGGAAGGUUUAUACAAAGAGCUCCCACUUAAAGGCUCACCAGAGGACUCAUACAGGUGAGAAGCCUUACAAGUGCUCGUGGGAAGGGUGCGAGUGGCGUUUUGCACGGAGCGACGAGCUCACGAGGCAUUACAGAAAGCACACGGGUGCAAAGCCCUUUAAAUGCAACCAUUGUGACAGGUGUUUUUCCAGGUCUGAUCACCUUGCCCUCCACAUGAAAAGACACAUCUAAAUAUCAGUCAGCUUGGCAUGAAUGUCAUCUGAGCUCAGUGUUGUGAGAUGAAAGUGGGACUCAAGUUUCAAGGCGCUACCUUGCAGGAGAAGAGAACUUGAUCACGCGUAAUCCUCUGUACAGAGACCACACGCUCACACUGUCAUGCACCCGAUCAUACUUCAAUACGUACAUCAGUUCUUCAUGCCUUGCCCCAGCUGGAUGGGAGAAGAUGCAGGCGAGGAAAUGGUAUAGAGGUGAAGUCAAUGAGGAGAAACAAUUGCUUACAGUACUUUGUCCCUUGGAUUUGUUUCCUGGUUUUGCCAAUGGAAAUCAAAGAAAACAGAGGAGACUUCCCUGCAGGUGGACGGCAGUAGGAGGGGCUUAUUUAACUUGCUUCUCAAUGCAACUCAAUAGGAGAAUAUGUUGUCUUGGAGUUGCAUAUUUGUAGCACUAACUUUCUUUUUAAAUAGAUGGGGAGGAACAAUGACCUAGAAAACCAAAUCCUAGUUUGGUAGCCAAAAUUAACCUCUUGGUUCAUUUGUUCUUUGUCUGAGAAUUCCUAAUGUUCAGUGCGUCAGACUUCUCACAGACACUUUGACCUGUCAUGGUUUUGGUUCUUCUUCCUAGAACUGAGCUAUUGAGAUCCUUUUAAGUCAAUACCAGUGGCCUUAAUGGCAGUAGACUGUGGAGUGACACUUGUGACACAAAUAUCCUCUUUUUGGCCUGAGUUUUAUGUAGACUUCACGGAGGACUAUAUUUUUGUUGGUUGUUUUUAUUUUAAUUUUUGUUUUGGCUAUUGCACAACAUAUGCACUAGGGACUCUGGAAGCUGCUGCCAUGAUGGCUAAGUGGCCAAGGGAUAAACCCCAGAGAAACAGCACCUAAUAUCUCUGUAGGCCUCACCUUAUUGCCAUAGCUAGGACUUCUUGUUUAUUUGUUGAACAAAAAACUUUAAAAGCUUUUUUGGAAGCUUAAACAUUUUUUCUCUUUUCUUCACGAACAAGUGAUCUUCAGAACUCCUUGUCUCCACCUGGAUAUCCAUCUGGGACUGGCCACACAGGCAUGACUACAGGAUUCCUUCCACAUCAUGUGAGCAUGUUAGCCACAACCCACAGUGACUUAGCGAUGAAUUAUGUUGCUUUUUCUUGCUGUUCUUCUAUUAACCAAUCUAAACCAUGGGACUUUCGUUUGUGUAAAGAGUACCUGCCGACGUUUUAAUUUAAAGCUAAUGUUUGUUGAGCAUCUUACACACAAAAAAAACCCAAGCCAAAAAUCCUGCUCCAGUCUUUGAGUGGGAAAUCGAGAACCUCUUCCAAGUACAAUGGCUUCAUUCAGCAUUAGCCUUUUAAAGAAAUUAUCAAAGUCCUCCUUUUCCAUUCAUCAAGUUGAUGCUGUAGUCCACUCCUAUACGAAAAAGUGUAAUAGUGUGAACGGUGAAGGAAGGGUUGGAUUUUACAUACAGCAGUGAGGCUUUCCAAAUGAUUGGUCUAAAGUAUUACUAACUUAGAGGUCCGUUUUGGCCUCCUGUGUGAACCAUCAAGAAGUGGAGGUCUCAUGCUUACCCUUCAGUCCUAUUGCUAAUUUGAUUUUGUUGGCUCAAAGAGGAUUGAAGUCUUCAUUGCAAAAGAAAAAAAACCGUAUCUUACCAUAACCUGCAUUUAAAACUAUUUGGCACUGGCCCUGACUCCAAAGACUGCAUUUAGGACCAUAAAAAUGGCCUAUGCAAGCAGGCAGGUGGUCAUUUGGUUGUAUAUUUUGUAUAUUCUGGGACCCAUCCCUACAAGAUGUGUCUAGAAAUGAAUCAAAAUGGCGUGUGGUCCACAAAUGGUUGCUGCUCUUUUAUACUGUAUUAGCCAACUGCCCUUCUUUGACUGUUUUGACGCAUUGACUGUUAAAUAUUUCCCUUAAUUUAUGUUCGGGGAGGUAAAACUGUACUCUUAGGGGAAAAAAGAAGAAGCGGGAAAGUCAAUAGAUGUUUAAGAGCUGUCACCAGGAUCCUUGGCACUUGAAUUCUCAGUGUUUUCAUAGAAUCAUAGAAUCAUAGAAUGGUUCGGGUUGGAAGGGACCUUAAAGAUCAUCUAGUUCCAACCGUCCUGCCACGAGCAGGGACACCUCCGCUAGACCAAAGCCCCAUCUAACCUGGCCUUGAACACUUCCAGGGAUGGGGCAUCCGCAACUUCUAGGGGCAACCUGUUCCAGUGUCUUACCACCCUCACAGUGCAAUCUCACGCUUUGCAACCUUCGGUUCCAGUGAGAGAUUGAAUUUACUCAAAAGAUGCUGGCUUUCUUCACAGUUUUCACAAAACACUGUGAUUGUCAAUUGAACACUUUGGGGACAGGGGGGAAAUACGAUGUCUGGCCCAUAUGGCAUGAAAUAUGGACCAAAAUCUAACCAUCUUUUAGGGACAAUGAUGUAACAUUCGUGAUAAGAGCAUGAGAGAGAGAAAGAGAGUGAAAGAAAAGAAAGGAAGACAGAGAGAACAAAAAUUGAGUUUAUUCCAAAGAUUUUAAACUAACUAUACUCUAUAUGUGUAUAUAUAUAUGCUUAUAUAUAUAUGUAUACAUUUAAAAAUUGCAGAGCACUGCUUGCUGACAAUCUCGUAUUUCUCUGUAUUUGCAUACUUUUUAAUGGCCAUUCCACCCAGCUGUUCCACUGGGACUGAGGGCCCUACAAUCCAAUUUGUGUUGGAAUAUAUAGAGCAUCCUGCCAGAUGUCUAAUGGGAACUGAAACCUCAGCUGUGUGAAACUGUAGAGCAUCCAGUCAGUGUAUUAGAUUAAAAACAGGAUAAGAGAAUCCUAGAAUUUCAUUACUGUAGUGUCUUAAAGUGUGUGCUCUCAAAUCCACCACUAUGAUAAUCAUUGGCUGUCAACCUGUAUAAAUAUCCUCUUUUGACCUCUGAACACACCUGCCUUUAGACACACUAUCAGUAGUCUACAAACCUUAAUUAUUAAGUGACAGUUUAAGUACCAGACUCUAUUUAAAACUGAAAAAAAUCAAGCAAGACUCUUUAUUUACUUCCAGUUGUCAUUUAUGGUCUUGUUGGCAUCUUAUUUGAAUAUGGCAGAACAAGGGCCCCAUGGAAAAAAACCAUGCUGAAAUGUCUGAUGAUUUUGUUCUAGAGGCAGACCUACAUGUAAAUCAUGGAUUCAGAUAGCCUAAAAGCAUAGAUAAAAGGGGAGUAAGAGACUUAACCAGAUUUCAGAUUUCUCAGGCUCUUUCUGUAGUAGGUCAUGAACUCUGAAGCCAAAUUUUGAACUUUGGGAACAUCUCUUCUGCUUGUAAAGGGAGACAUUUUUCACUUGUAUACGUGGUGUACUCAGCCAAUCUCUAGACUUCAGGUUUUGGGUGCUCAUAUGCAAGUGUCUUAGUCAUUACUAAGGUUUUGAACCACAGCUGGUAUUUUGUAGAAGGAGUCUCCAUUUUGGAAAGGCAUAAUUGGGAUUCAACAUUCCAGGAUUCAUUUUUUACAACGACAACUUUUGUUUCUUCACAUAUAUUUUAAGAUGUGCACUUCAAACUUGUGUAAUCUGUUAUAGCUAGAUCCUUUUUGGGCCUGUGUCUCCUUGCUGAAGUUGUACAGUUGUCCUCUAUGUUGUAAACUAUGAGUAGAAACAGACUAAUGAGGAAAGACUAAUCCUCUCUGUAGGGCUUCUUGGAAGCAAACCCAGAAAUAGAUGAUUUGGUGGCAGUUGAGGACUGAGUUAUCCAGCUGUAAGAAGGAGAAGCUUUACCUUGCUUCCUUCAUGCUAGAUUUAUGCCUAUUUGCAAAAGAGAAGCCAUUAUAAGAAAGUCAGAUUGUGGUUUCCAAGGCCAUGGAACUACAGGGUGAGAACAAAUUGAGACAAAAGUCUCUGAAAAUAGUGUACAUAGAGGAAGCAACUAAAGCAAAUGUGAGUUUUGUGAGUAAAUAAAUAAUAUUUUGGAGCAGAGCAGUCAAUGAUAGAAUCAUGCAGGUGGGAAGGGGCCUCCACAAACUGUCUUGGCCAACCUCCAACUAGAGCUGGUUGCUCAGGGCCAUAUCCAGCUGAGUUUUAAAUAUCCCCAAGGGUGGAAAUUCUACAACCUUUUUCUACAAGCUUGUCCAAUAUUUGAUUACCUUCAUGGUAAAAUUUAAAAAAAUCUAAAAGCCCGUGUGUAGGGUGGGAAUUUUCCAUGUUCCAGCUUGUUUUCAUUGCCUCGUCCACUGCGCACCUCCAAGAAGAGUCUGCCUUCUUCUCUACACCCUCUGUUAGGUAUCUGUAGACAGCAAUAAGAUCUACCCUCACCUUUCUCUUCAUAAGGUUGAACCAUGUCUUUCAGCCUCUCUUCAUCCAUCAUGUGUUCCAGAACCUGAUCUCCAUGGUGGCUCUCUGCUGGACGUUCUCCGAUACGUCAGUAAUUUUCUUGUAAUGGGGAGACCAAAACCAGACAGAAUAUUCCAGAUCAAGAUGUGCUUCAUAUGUUACAGCAUUGAUAUAAUUACUUAUUUUGGAUUCUUCAAUUAUCUAAUUGAGACAAGUUAUCCUCUAUGAUAAUAUUCUAUUUUUAAACUGACUUAUGAAAAAUCAUUUAAGAAGCACCCAUAUAAAGAUUUUUCUAAUCAGAUUUGCUGGAUCUGUGUAUGGAAAUAUGCUUGUAGAAAUACACUUUCUAUGCUGCCAGCUUGAGGCCUGGCAAGCAAAAUUCUGGUUUUCCAAUGUGAUCAUUGCUGGUUUACCUUAAACUAAAAAAAUGGAUUGUUUCACUCAUACUAUAUCAAAUACAAAGACAAAUGAUGCUGUGUUUUAGCCACUUUUUAGACCAAAACACCACUUCAGUGCAUCUUUGUUCUGUUUUUUUUUUCCUAAUCUAAACUAUCAAUCACAUGUAUUUUAUAAAGAUUAGCCUAACAGAAAAGGGCAUUCCAGAGUCUGCAGUAUUUUUCAUUAUCCCAGAGUUGUUCUUUUUCAGAACAGCAGCCAGUACUCAGUCUAGAAAAUGACAUUAGCUGGAUAAAUUGGCAAAAGAGGAAGAGAAAGGAUGAACUGAAAUCCUAGAUUCUUUCAGUGUUUUGGACAAGGCUCUGAGCAGUCUGAUCUAACUAAACUGUUUUUUAAACAGAGGGUUGAAUUAGGUGACCUCCAGAGGUACCUUCCAACGUUAAUUUUUCUGUGUUUCUAUGAUUCAUUUCAGAGUUCUCAGUGAUUGAAUGUGUACUGGUUCUGGUUUUUCCCAGUCUCGUGCUGGCGGAUCAGACUGUAGGACAGGUCUGUAGGGUUUCUCGCAAACUCUCAUAGUUUCAUCCUCAUUACACUUCAUAAGGCUUCUUCAUGAGAGAGACUUAGAGAGGAAGAAAUCUUUAAAGAAACCCCAAAACCCUUAGCAAACUGGUUUGAAGCAAUAUUAUACCAUGAGAUGUGUCACAGCUGCAGGGACCAACCAGAUAGUAUGGAAAGAAGUUUGCUAGCGUAGAAACCCAUGUGAUGUCUCAAAGAUGGUUUCCAAGACCUGAAAUCUAAGCCAGUAUAUAUUUCUACAAAGGUUAACCUUUUUAAUUUUAUUAUUAUUAUUAAUUCUUAUUUUCCUCAGACUUUUUGGAAUUGAGUUUGCUGGUGUGUUGGGUUUUUUUUUAGGCUAGCACAUUUUCAUUUCAUAUGUGGAAAGAACUGACCAAACAGAUGGGGAAGAAGAACCUGACCCCAGGAGGAGCCCCCAGGUCCUUCCUUCUGGAACUGUUUUAACUUUAGGAGUAAAAAGAUAACUACUCACCAGGGUGUAUGGCUAAAACGGAGUUGAUCAAUAUGAUAGUUGCAGUGAUGGAGUGUAUCUUAUCUGUGACCUUCCUGAUAUCUACAGAAUCAGGCUUUUUCCCUCAUUUUUACCUGGCCCUAGACAAUUUGGGCUUUUUAGCUGUCUCUAACACACAUAGUGUAUUUAUCUGCGUACAAAAGAGGUCAUAAUUGGUGCUUUUGACAAAACUGAUGAAAAUCCAACUUGCUUAAGUGUUUCCUUUGCUCUGCCUGUUCCCUUAAUGUGUGUCAAAAUCUUUAAAUUUAAAAAACAAAAAAAAAAGAAAAAUUUUGUAAAUAACUUAAUGUUACUAGGCCAGCACCCAGUGGAUCAAGGGCUUUUAUUCUUGAUUUCAUUCAGGACUUGGCAUGUCCUGUCACUCCAUCCAGUAAGACUGUUUUUAAGCUUUCAUAUCUUGGGUGAUGCCUCUAACCCAACACUCUUUGAAAGUACUUUUUGCUGAUUUCAGAUAGAAUUGCACUUGCAAAGAUCCCCACAUACCGAGAAUAAAAGCAAUGCUUGACAAUAACUCUAUUUAACUCUGUAUUGAAAAAUUAGAAUUAUUUCCUCACAAGAUACUUCAACUGCUCAUUGACAAGUCUUGUCUGUCUUUCACUAGCGUUAAAUCUACGCCUUCUUGAAUGAUCAUUUCCAGACCAAGCUUGGAUGUUCUUCUUCCUUUUGUCACUUUUGUGUCUCUUUUCAUUAAUAGUUUAGGGAUGACUACUGCAGUCUUUCUCCUCCACAGCUCUACACUGGCUUCAGUGGCAAGAUUUAGCACUGUAAGAUCUGUAGAAUCUGGCCCACCAGGUACUAAGAUCUGUCUCGUAAAGCUGAGACUUUCCUCCUCCCUUAGAGGAAAAAGUCCAAGGCAUACUCAUGCUAUAUAAGUUAUAUAUAUAAUGAUAUAUAUAAAUUAUAUACAUAAAAAUGUGGAGAUGGGGGGUAGGCUGCCUUUAUCACCUCAAGAAUGGGUUCCCCUACCUGAAAACUUUCAAAUGCAGGCGUCGUUUUUCAAACAGGGUUUUAUAGUUUUCCUUAAUGCUUGUUUAUGGCAUUUUUGGUGUAAUAAUUGAAGUUGGAACUCUUUGCGAUUUUCAAAAUGAAAGCUUUGAUGAUUUUUUUUAAGUGCUUUGAUCCUAACUUCUGUAUACUGCCAGAAAACAGGUUCUCCACCCUGUCUCUGUGUGGGUGUGGAUGUACAACGGUGUACUGUAUAUACCUACACAGAAGAGGAAACUGAGCUACUGACUUACAGUUUGUAGUAGCCAACCGUGCCUAUUGCUUUGAUUUGGGAGGGCACUUGCUGUUGCCACUGCAUCUUAGGAAUCAUGUCAGCUUCUCUAGGAAAAGUUUUCAACAGUGCUGGGAAAUACAUGUUGCUGUGUACUGCAAAUGAGUAGGCUGCAAAUUUGGGGAUUGGGAGGGGAGGUGGGAAGGGAGGAGGAUGAGGGCUUAGCAUGUACACAGUAAAAGUGAACUAGAAUGGACAGAAAGGUGACAAGUUUAGCCUUUUUUUUGUUAGGCUCUCGGGGAAAUGAAAAGCUAACACACAGUUCCUGGAAGGCCUGAUGGCCGAAGGGCUGAUCCUGAUAUUUUGCAACAUACAUUUUACCCGUCGCUCUGUAUUUUAAACCCCAGGCCUGUCAGAUUCUGGAAGUAGAUCAAAACACUGGUUUAAACACUACUUUGUUACCAAGGCCCUGUCUCUACCAGGGAAGUUGCCCUAAGUUAAAUUAUCAGUUGAGUUAAAAUCACCUUGUAGCUGCACCUAUUACUUGAUUGCCUGGAUUGACUUUGCAUUGGCAUCCUAUGCAGUUAAGCCGAAGUGUAAGAAAUGCUUCAACCAAUUAAGAUACCUCUACAGGAAGGGUCUUGCACCAAUUUAAGUACCUAAACCACAGUGCAGCUUUUCUCUUAGAAACAAGGCCUUAGCAUGUCUACUCAUUUAGUUAAAAAUAAUAAUGCAGGCUGAGAUUUUCUUUCCUCGCUUUGCAAAGUGGCCUGUUUUCUUUCUUGGCCUUUGGAACCUUUCUUGCUCUCUACUUACUACAUGUAUAUUUUUGUUUGGGGGAUUUAUUUUUCUUUUUGUUUGGCAAUGACACAAAAAAGUAUGAAUGCUCCCUAUUUAAAAGAAA